CCGGCCUCCCAGCCGCAGCCUCCACCGCCGCUUCCGGCCGGCGAGGCAGGAGGCAGCGGCGGGCCGGGAGGCGGCCGUGAGGGAGCUCCGCACUGCCCGGCCGGCGGGGGGAGAGCGAUGGAGGCGGCCUGGCGGCAGGGCGGCCGCGGCCGGGGCCGCGCCAGGCCCGGGGAUGGGCUCUCCGGCCGCGCCGGGGCGGCUGCGAGGCCCCCGGCCCCCAAGGGCCGCGGCGGUGCCUGCGCUCCGGCCGCGGCGAGCGGCGGCGAGGGGGCUGGCGAACUAUCUUCGCAGAGGAAGUUUGAUGAAAUUAAGAAAGCGAAUCAGGCUGCAGCAAAAAAGCUAGUUGAAGACCAGUUUAGUUCCUCAUCAGAAGAUGAUGAUGAAGAUGCCGAAUUAAAACAAGGAAAGAUUUUGGCAAAAACAUUUACCAUAUACACUAGUCAAACUGAUGGAGAUGCAAGUGAACUGGAACGUACGAGACAGUACAUGAACGAAGCAUUUCAGUCAGGGGCUAUGACAUGUCUGAUCUGCAUUGCUUCAGUUAAAAGGAACCAAGCUGUCUGGAGCUGUUGUGGAUGCUUUUGUAUAUUUCACCUGGUAUGUAUCCAGAAGUGGGCCAAAGACAGCCUUUUCCUGGUGUCAUCUCCUUUGACAGACGAUGAUUUUGGGAAGAAAGAUUAUCCAUGGCCAUGUCCAAAAUGUAGGUUUGAAUACAAACGGUCUGAAACUCCCAGUAGGUAUUACUGUUACUGUGGAAAAGUAGAGAAUCCAACAUUGGACCCAUGGCUGGUUCCGCAUUCCUGUGGUCAAAUAUGUGAGAGGGAAUUCAAACCUCCUUGUGGGCAUAAAUGUUUGCUGCUUUGUCAUCCAGGACCCUGUCCACCUUGCCCAAAGAUGGUCACAACAACCUGUCACUGUAAGAAAGCUAAGCCAGUGCCCCGAAGAUGCAGUGCAAAGGAAUGGUCAUGUCAUCUGCCAUGCAGACGAUUGUUGCUGUGUGGACAGCACACUUGUGAGAAUCCGUGCCACGCAGGAAAUUGUCAGCCCUGUCCGCGUGUCAGUAAACAGCGGUGCAUCUGUGGAAGACAGACAGCAGAAAGGCUUUGUGCAAGUCCUCAGUGGCAGUGUAAUCAGGUGUGUGGGAAAGCCUUGCCUUGCGGUAAUCACACUUGUGAACAAGUUUGUCAUGCUGGUCCCUGUGGAGACUGCCCUCGUUCUGGGAAAAGGUCCUGUCCAUGUGGAAAAUCAAAGUUUACAUUGCCUUGUACGGAAGAUGUGCCCACUUGUGGUGAUAGUUGUGACAAAGUCCUAGAAUGUGGCAUCCAUAAGUGUUCGCAGCGCUGUCAUCGAGGUCCCUGUGAAAUAUGCAGACAGGAAGUUGAAAAACAGUGUCGUUGUGGAAAACACACUAAACGCAUGCCAUGUCAUAAGCCUUAUCUGUGCGAGGCAAAGUGUACUAAAAUUCGUGACUGCCAGAAGCACCAGUGUAGGAGAAAGUGCUGUUCUGGAAACUGUCCACCUUGUGAUCAACUUUGCGGGCGGACCUUAGGCUGCAGAAACCACAGAUGUCCUUCAGGCUGCCACAGAGGUGGUUGUAAUCCGUGUCCGGAGACUGUAGAUGUGAAAUGCAAUUGUGGAAAAACUGUCAUUAAAGUGCCCUGUGGCAGAGAGCGUACCAUCAAGCCUCCCAAAUGCAAACAGCUGUGCAGUCGCCCACCUACAUGUCACCACCCUACCCAGGAGAAACACUACUGUCACUUCGGUCGGUGUCCUCCAUGUCGUCAGUCCUGCCAGAAGACGUUAACAUGUGGUCAUUUGUGCCCUGUUUCCUGCCACGAUGAAGCACUUGUGAAGCAAACUGGCUUACAUCAGUCUGCAGGUCCUUGGGAGCAGCCGUCUGAACCAGCCUUUAUUCAAACUGCAUUACCAUGCCCACCCUGUCAGGUUCCUAUACCAGUGGAGUGUCUUGGGCAGCAUGAGGUGAGUCCCUUACCGUGUCACUCUGCAGGUCCCUACUCAUGUAAAAGAUCUUGUGGGCGGCUUCUCGGUUGUCAGAAUCACACCUGCAUGAAAGAAUGUCACCAUGUUACUAAAAGCAAUGGUAGUGCAGAUGGAAAGAAGGCAGGUCCAGAAUGUUUGCAGUGUGAAGAGGAGUGUACCAAGCCACGGCCACCUGGCUGUUCUCACCGCUGUGUUUUACCCUGUCAUCCUGGGGAUUGCCCAUCAUGUCUCCAGAUGCUUAAAAUAAAGUGUCACUGCAAACUGUCAGUUCUGUACAUCGAAUGCUUAAAACUAACGUCUGCUGAUUUAAAAGAAAAGGAUCUUCUAACUUCCUGCAAAAAUCAGUGUCCAAAAGAGUUGCCGUGUGGUCACCGGUGUAAAGAGAUAUGCCAUUCAGGUUGCUGUCCUCUGAACUGCAGCCAGAAGGUUAAACUCCGAUGUCCUUGUAAGAGACUGAAAAAGGAAGUACAGUGCAGCAAGAUACAAGAAGGCCAAGUUUCACUGGAAUGUGAUGCAUUAUGCAAGGAAAUGAAACGGAAGGCAUCUGAGAUAAAAGAGGCAGAAGCCAAAGCUGCUAUUGAAGAAGAGAAACGAAGACAACAGGCUGAACUGGAAGCUUUUGAAAACAGAUUAAAAGGGCGAAGAAAGACUAAGCGGAGAAAGGAUGAAGUAGAAAUUGAACAGUCAUCAUGGCAAAAAUAUAAAAACCUCAUUAUGCUGCCAGUGUUCGGAGUUGCUGUUGUGAUGAUUGCAUGGCUCAUGGUCUACAAUGACUGAAACAACUCAAUAUUUAAUAUACCUCAGUCAGGUAGCUAUUAUUCCUAGAAUGUUAGUCUGUGUGUAACAGAACCUAAUAUGCGAAGAUUACGUAUGUAUACUAUUUGCCAAUAAAAGUGCAGAGGAGGGAAGAAAUGUCACCUUUUGUGUCAUUACAUUCGCAGCACAAAACUGAAUUCAGACACUGAAAGUAAUGAAGUAGUAAAUCUUAGUCUACACUGAAGUGCUGAUGUAAUUUGUCUGAGAUCCAUUAACAUCUGUUCUAUUAAUAUAUUGUUACUUUUCCAUGUCUCCAUUUCACAAUAUUAAAAAUAGCUUAGUAUAAAAUUAUUUUUUGAAUAUUUGUUUCCCAUAAAAUCAAUCCAGUGUUUUGUUAAAAAUCAGCAUUCUUAAGCUAAUCCUUCUGUUGUAUCACACAAUUUCUGUGCUAUGCCACUUUUAAUGGGAACAAUGAAUGGGGGACUUCAGAUCACUUGAGUAUUCUGUGGCCUUCUGUCAAAACCUUGUUUAGUGAAGGGAAAUGUGAACAGUGUUAGCAGCAAUAAAUCGGGCCCCCUUGCAGACUGUGAGUGACUUUGUUUUUCCAUACCUGGUUCUCCUCUAAAUCAAAUCAAUUGAAAACUUAAUUUAGUGGACAGAUGCAUACCCUGAAUAUGCGUUUGAAGUACUUUCAGGGUACAGGGAUAUGUUCUUACCACUGCUUCUGUAGCCAAGAGCAGAAAAGCAAUUUGAAAUUAAACAUAGAGCAUCGCUUGAAUAUUUGUACAGAUAAAUAUCACAUUUGAAUAUUUGCAUAGAUGUACAAAAAUGUAAAGUGGUUGAACAGUGUAACAAUACAAUUAUGUUUUCAAUCUGGGUAGGUAGCCAUCUAGCUAACCUUUACACUAUUUAAAUAUUUUCUUACUGACAGUUCAGAAUGCCUUGCUGUAGGAUAUUGGCUGGUAGAACUGCAAGGUUUACAUGGCUUCAGGUUAAAAGAGAAGCUACAUCAUCUCAGCAGAGGGGCUGCAAGUGAAAUCUGGGGUGUAGGGGGAGAAUGAGAAAACUUAAUUUUUAAAUCUGUUGGAAAUCUUAUGAUGAUACUUGAGCAACCUGGGUAACUGGAAAGUGCUUACAGGAUCCUUCAAAAGAUGAGGUACAAAGCUGGCAGCUUGUGGAGUUCUGUUUGUGGGAUGUUUUCCCCCCACGGCACUUGUAACUUAUUGAACAACACUGCUAAAGCAGUGGGACCAUUUGAAUAAAGUAGUAGAGAAGACUGCAGUGUGUUUGAAAGCUCUUUCAGUUAGUUUUGGCCCACAUGUGAAAGGACUCAGUACCAGUCUGAGCUGAUAUCUGAAUAUAAUUAAGGUUCAGCAGCAGAAAAAGAAAAGCUGCAAAAGAGUAGUUUUCAGAUCGUGUAGAUUGACAAAAUGAGGGAAACGGUUUCUUUUGAAUUUUUCACCUAAGUUGGUGAAGGAUAAGAGACGUAAGAAAAAUUGGCAAUAUUUAGCAUGAAUUGGUGCUAUUUGAUAGAUUUUUUUUUUCUUUUUUUUUUUUUUUUUCCCUAUUGACUUUAAAAAUGUAUACUAAUUCUGUCAGGCUAUUAGUAUGUAAAGCUGUAGAACUAAAAUUGCUGUAGAACUGAAUUUAUAGCAGGCAAUCACAGUUGUAUGUCUACUGAAUUCUCUUGUUUCCUUGUGUAAGGAAUAAACUAUUUUCUGUAUUGUUGCUUUAAUUCUCUUCUAAAAUGCUGACACCUGUGAGAUAAUUCCAUGUUGUAAGUGUUGUUUCUUUAACCAAGUGAGGUGAUGCUAUUAUGGGACACCUUAGGCCUGUAAUUCUCCUGCCACUGAAAGAAAAAGAAAGGAGGUUUUUGUUCAGGUGAAGUAAAAUGUGAUCUAUUGUCCAAAAAUACAAAAAGAUACCUUUGUAGUUGGAAUAUUUAGGUCAACAUGAAUGAGGCCGUUGUGGAAACAGCUUUUUAUCUUAUGUGAAUAUAACCCAUUUUUCUAUUUACUGUAAGAUAUUUCUUUAAAAUAAGUACAAUGUAAAGUUUCUCCCUGCCUCUCUGGCAAAGAGAAGAAAUCUCUCUACAGAGCUUUAAAAAUGAUCUGCACUUGAGUUGCAUGUUUCAAGUAGUUUUUCGUGUUCUUUUCCGAAUAUUUUGCAAUGUUUGUGUGACAUAUUGGAAAGGAAAAGACUUGCUUCUGAUUGAUCAUCUUGAUAAUAAUAAUAAAGCAUACAACUCCUUAACAUUUAUUCAAUUCAUACGUGUGAGUGUGCGUGUAAGCAUAUUCUCUUUCUUAAAAGAUGUGUAUUUCUCCUGAACCUUACAUAUGUGAGGCAUACCUAUUUUUUUAAAAUGUUAUUCAAAAUAGUUCUGGAUAUCUUAUCCAACCAUCUGAGUCAUUCACACUCUGUUGGUCUGCCUGCUGAACCAGAUAUUUGUUUCUUGGCAAAAAAAAAAAAAAAAAAAAAGUGUGGGGGCUCAAGCAAUCUGCGGUUUAAUAAAUCACUGGCUUCUAUUUGUUGUUUUUUAAAAAAAUAUUCCUACAGUUCAUUUUUUGCCUUUUGUUUUUGGUUGGAGCUCCACAUGUUGCAAGCAUGACAACUUUGAUGAAAAAGGUAUGGAUGAAAUCGUCUGUUAUUCAGGAUACAGGAAAUAUUUUGAAUAUUUCAAGUAUUUCAAAUGUUAACAAUUUACCAAAAAAGUGUAUUGAUAAAUAUACAUUAGAAUAAAUGAUAUAAUCUGACCUGAUGUUGAAGGGAAAUUAUAGAGACAAGUCCGAUGAUGAGCAUACUGUGCAUUCAGAAUAUUUAGUUGCAUGUAAAAUGAAAAAACAACAAACUUCUGAAGGUUUUUCCUGAUUCUGAAUGCAUUCUAGUAAGCGUUCAUCUUUUUGCUGAAUUAAGGUGCUUACAAGUUGUCAAUAUUUUGGACUGGCAACUCCUUGGACAGGUUUGUUCCCUGUAAGAGUAACAAGGCCCUUGUCUAUAUUCAUUGAAUGUAAAAACCAAGCCAUACAAUAAACACAUCCAAAACAA